AUGGAUGCCAUCGUUAGAGAAGUCAUGGAGAGAGGGUCGGAUGAGGGCGUACUUGGUGGGACACAUACCCGCGAUCAACGUGGAACGAGGGGUGAUCACCUGGCUAUAAAUGAUAUGAAGGGCGAGAUUGAGGCUAUAGAAACUACUCUGAAUCUAACGCGAAGGGCCGACCUUGCGUCUUUAACAUCCAUACAGUCGAAGUCAUACGCUGAUGGGAGAAGCAUAAUUAUGGCCGUUGACGCCUCAUUAGAGCAUUUGCGUGACUUGGAGGCCAUAUCGCAGACCCUGAUGGCUGAGCUCGAUCGGCGUCGCCUGCAGAUUAUCGCUGGCAUCCAGCCGGGCUCUCUCAACACAGCCAGUUCCUUGCCCAUCCUACGCCUCCCAACUGAGAUCCUCUAUCGAGUCGCGGAUCUGCUGGCUUUAUCCACCCCUGCUACCCCUAAUCAUCUAGGGUGGAUGAAGAUAUCUCACGUGUGCACUGCUUGGCGUCAGGCAAUCAUAUCCUUCGCUGCCCUCUGGGCUCGUGAAGUUGGGGUCUUUGCCAGCCCUGAAAGCUUUCAAAUCAUCUCACAGAGGGCUGGAGAUGCUCCAUUGACGGUCACAAAUCCGUCACUUAGUCCCCGCCAGAGUCCUUUUGGACAACCACGGCAUGUGCGACUACAUGGUCUCUACUUUGAGAUCUUACCGCGAGUUCGCACGCUCGGUCUGACCCUGGAGUCCGAGGACAUGGAGCAUCUAAUCCGGGCCCUUUCCCGUCAGAACCUACCGCUGAUGGAGACUAUCGCUUUGGAGAAUGUCGCUGGCAUCUCUUUUUCAACCAUGGUUGAGCCACGCCGAGCAUCUACCGCGGCGUUGAACAACCUUAUCGUCUGCCCAAAUCUGCGGAGCCUAUCGCUUCGCGGAGUUUUCGCUACAUUCUCGAGCACGCGCUUGACCAGCAUCAUAUUAUGCGGGACUCGUCGCCACCCGCUGUCAAUCACCGGAUCCCAGUUCCUCGACAUGCUCUCACAAUCGGCCGAAACGCUCGAAGAGAUCUGUUUGCUUAACUGGUUGCCUACCAUCUGGGAGGUGCCCAGAGAGAGGCGUGUGCAGCUUCCCGGCCUUCGGAAGUUGAGUCUGCUUUCUCCCUCAAGCGAAGUGGCCUACCCCAAGCUAUGCAAACUUCUACAAACACCUGCUCUUGCUAUGAUGAACUUGGAAACCUCUCACGAGCCACAUACCAUGUCUGACGUCCUCGGGGUUCUGGAUUGGGUAUGCACGAACGGACAGGCAUGUCCUUGUAAUAAGGACGCCAUUCAGCUCGCAGUUUACCACGAAGAGAACGGGAUUACCCAGAAAAUCGCUGUGCACAUGGAUAGCCAUGAUUUCAACCCCAAUCGUAUGUUGUCCCGCGGAAGCGACACACAGUCGGGUGUCGACUUGGUGUUUCCACUUGUCGUAAACGACACACAUGCACCGAUCGACUCUGAAGAUCUACUUCGCGUAGUGAUCUCACGGUAUGCCUCCUGGCGCGUGCGCUCGAGCCUUCGUCCACUGGAGAUCCUCGGCCUCCGAUCCGGACAUCUCUUGUCCAUGGAUGCACGCGACUUGUUGCGGGAUUUGAAUGCAGUAAAAACGCUCCAUCUCUGUUUAGCAAUGCGUUCAUAUACCCAUCAAUCGAUGGAGGACCAGGAUAACAGUACUCGAGGGGUGUUGGGGGCUCUUGCAAUGCCUGAGCUGGAUGGAUCCUUCCUUCUUCCCCUCCUGCAAGCGGUAGCUUACCGCGUGGAUGCACCAUUCUUCGGGUUAACGUUAGCAGGGCGAGCGGAGGUGCAGGAACAACUUGAGUCUUUGGCACUAUCUCGGGCUUCGCAUGGUACGCCGAUCAGCGUACGCGACAUGCAGUCUACAUAG